GUCAGAGGAAGCUCAGUUGUACAGUUUCUCCUUGCUGCAGUAAUGGCGGAGAAAGGUGGAAAAGGAUUCUCGCUGCCGAAAGAACGAAAGCUUUCAUCGAAAUCCCCCAGUAAGAAGGAAGCUUCACUGAAAGGGAAGGAUGGCUCAUCAAAGAAGGGAAGGAGGAAGGUUCACUUUGAGACUUCGGAUUCUGAAGAUUCGCCAACAGCAAGGAUCAGAAGUUCAUCAAAAUCAGGUGGUAAAAUCUUGUUUGAGAGCCCUGUAGCCAAAGGAGAUGGCAGCAAAGGAGGGAAGAACGAUAAGACAGGAAAGACUGGUGGCAAGGGCACUGUGCCAAAGGAACCAACUGUUCUAGAGUUGAAUGUGGAAGAAGAGCUUCCGAAGGAUGCAAAAUGCCUGAUGGAUUGUGAGGCAGCAGUCCUUUUACAAGGGAUCCAGGAUCAGCAAGCCAGUCUGUCUGAGGAUCCAACUUUUAAAAUGCCAGAAUCAUUUGACAAAGGACUGCUGUAUGCCAAAGCUGGUAACCAUUAUACGAGUCAUCAGUCUGUGAGACGAGCCCUACAAACACUCAAAAGACACGACAUCUCUGAUGGCGAGGUUUGGAGCUCAACACAAAUGAUAUGCAUGAUCGCCAACAUUUGCCCUGAAUCAGUUGAUGAAGUGUUUGCUCUUGUCCCAUCUUUGAAGACUAACAGGCACAAGAUUGAGGAACCCAUAAAAGAUGCAUUUUAUGAAUUAGCCAAGUGUAAAAACUUCGACUAAUCCGUGAUGACAUAGACAGAUCCAUGGUAAGCUGUUUCUAACACAACUUAAAGAGCUUGGAGGGGUUCCUUGCUUGGGCUAUUGAAAUUUGUCUGAAGAGCUGAUUGAAUUAUCAUGGUUUUCUGGUGGUAUUGUACUCAUUCACAAGACUUAAAAGUGAUCCAUGGAUGCUCAAUUACCUU